AUGAAGUAUGCGCAGUUUGUCAUGGGACCGGCCGGCUGCGGCAAGUCCACAUACUGCGCGAUCAUCCAGGAGCACUUCAAGGUUGCACUGCGAAGAACUUGCAGGGUGGUCAACCUGGACCCAGCAGCAGAGAACUUCGCGUAUGACUGCUAUGCUGAUGUGCGCGACCUCAUCUCUGUAGACGAUGUUAUGGAGGAGCUCGACUACGGACCCAACGGCGGCCUCGUGUAUGCCAUGGAGUACCUGUCGGAGAACAUGUCGUGGCUGGAGGAGCAGAUCUGCGAUGCCCUGGAUGAUGACUACUAUGUCUUCGACUGCCCAGGGCAGAUCGAGCUGUACUCGCACUUGUCGGUGAUGCGGGAGGUAGUGGACAUGCUGCAGAACGAGGACUUUAGAGUCGCUGGAGUGUACUGCAUCGAUGUCAACUUCAUUGAGGACAGCGCAAAGUUUCUCUCGGGGGCGCUCUCGGCAUUGACGGCGAUGGUCAAUCUGGAGCUGCCGCACAUCAAUGUGCUGACGAAGUGUGAUCUGCUUCCUGAAGGGGCAGAUGUUGAGCGGUACGUCGAGGGUGAUUCCGAGGCUAUCUUGUCGGAGCUCCGUACAUCCAUGCAUCCCAGGUAUCGGAAGCUCAACGUGGCCCUUGGGCAGGUGCUGGAAGAAUACUCUCUGGUAAGCUUCGUCGCCCUAAACCGCGACGACGAGGCAUGGGCUGACGAGUUAACAUCGAGUGUCGCUUGGGAUGGCCUCCUGGGUCUGAAGAGGCGCCAGGGGGCAGCAAGAACAAGUAGCGAGCAGAAUGAAAAUUCAGAAUGA